AUGAGGUGCUACAAGGCACGAAGGAACAAGAAGGGUAAAGGUGUUGCGCUUGUCGUGCCGGAACGAAGGAGAGGUAUCAUUGUCAAGACGGAAUGCCCUGUCCGAUGUAAGCUAAACGUAGAUGGAGCACGGUGGGUGGUCACUGAAUAUUUCGAGGAGCACAACCAUGAACUCAUAAAGAAGUUUGACCUGGUAAAAUUUCUGAGCGCCCACAGAGGAUUCAGCCCCCUCGAGAAGAAAUUCAUAAAGCUACUACAUGAUUGUAACGUCAGUCCAUCAAGAAUGGUACAGAUACUAUCCAUGAUCCACAGCAAAAAUGGAACUCUGAGUAGCAUGCCCUACAUACCAGCAGACGUCACAAACCUAAAGGCAAAGUACCUUAGAGAGAGCAGGUUGGCUGACAUAGAAGACAAGAUAGCCUACUUCGACGAGAAAGCAAAAGCAGAUCCUGAUUUCUUCUACAGGAUAAGUUUGGACGAUGAGGACCGUGUCAGGAACAUGUAUUGGCUGGGUGGUGCUGCAAGAAGAGCCUACAAACAUUUCUGA